GUAUGACGUGUGCUUGCUUAGGGCGUAUUUUUUAAUUGUUUUUACGCGCCUGAAAUAGCGCUGGAACAAAAAUGUGUCAACGACGGAGCGCCGCGAGGGCGCCGCGCCUUGCCUGCAUCUUCUUUCUUGUUAAUGUCGCAUGUUGGAGCUCGAUGAUGUGCGCUCGCGGCGCUGGCUUGGGCGCGCAAAAAGCUGUCGGCAUAUCGCGCCGGCGGUUGCGGUAAGACCUUGCACCAGCAAAUCAAGCACCGCCUUCAUAUGCAAUGCCUGAGCCGAUAGCUGCACGAUAGCAUUCCGCUUUGCGCUGUCUGAAUUGUCGCGCAUGAACAAUCCUCAACGCGCACUUCAUAUGUGAAUUGAUUCAAUUGCUGCCGCAGCUCAGAUCGGGUAGGCGUGAAGCUUACGUCGCAGGGGGGAUCCCUAGGUAGGUUCCGGCUGCUUGACCCUUUGCAAUGCCUUCGGGCCCAGCGGGAAUGGUCUUUCCCAGCGGGCCACCGCACCAGCAAGACUCAUCGCGGCGUUGACUGCAAACUUAGACUGAGCGCCAAUGUAUCAUGACCACCUAAAACCGCCCGUGCGCAUUCGUGGUUCGCACACCCGGCUCCGUGCCCGGCGCCGCUGUGACGCAGGUGCCGACCAGCCUGCUCCGGAAGAGUAUGAGGAUGCUGCGACGUUUCCUGGGGAGAAGACAUCCCAAACGCUUCGAGGACUGACAUCCACCAACGGGGCGCCUCCCCCAGAUACCGGUCCACCCUACGUCUUUCAUGCCGCUCACUGGUUGGUCUACACCACCAUUGCCCGCGCCCCCGAAGUCUAGCCCACUGGCGGGAAGACCCCCGCCACCACAGCCUACGUCUUCUUUGCCGCUCACUGUUGUCGUAAAGCAGAACGCCAUUGGGUGCUACGGUGACGACAGUGUGGACCGCGCGCUUGACGGCUAUUUGAGCACCUAUCAGUUCGGCAUGACGGUGGAGCUGUGUGCCGCUACGGCGCGCUCGCUGGGAUUGCCAUACUUUGGCGUGCAGGCCGGCGGACACUGCCUGGCGGGGAACAACCUGACCCGCGCCACCCAGUAUGGACCGGCGACGGCGUGCGUGUCAAACUGCACGGGCAACAGCAACCAGAAGUGCGGCGGCGGCUGGCAACAAAACCUGUACUUCACCUACCCCGAGGACGUCUGCCGCUCCAACCCCUGCAACGACGCGGGUGUAACUGUUGGCGCCAACUGCACGGCCGUGCCGGGUGGCGUGGGCUUGAGCGCCUACACCUGCAGCUGCCCGGACAACAGCAUUCAAUGGAUUGGCGAGCCGGCCUGCAUCUGCGACGAAGGCUAUGUCCUUAGCAACGGCGCCUGCGUGGGGACGUUCCCUACGGACCAGCUGCCGCCGCCGCCGCCCCCGCCCCCGCCGCCACCACCUCCUCCGCCACCUCCGCCGCAGGACGGCUCCCAGCAGCUGCCCACGGGGCUCGACAACUUGGCCCGCAACGCAAUCCCCUACUCCUCGUCGGCGUCAACGCGGUGUGAUGGGGGCGUUUGCAACGCGUCGUACGCCGUUGAUGGCGAUACGACCAAUGACACGCGAAUGCUGUCAACCGACAGCUUGGACCCGUACAACUGGCUGUCGCUUGACCUCGGGGCCCCGGGAGCGGUCAUCUCCGCAGUGCGCAUCUGGCACCGGCCCGGGUAUCUGAAGUACACCCAGCUUUCGGAGCUGCGCAUCGGCAACUGGAGUGUGGUGUACCCGGAUGACCCACUCACUAACAACACGCUGGUCUGGAAGCAGCGCGCCGCCAGCACCUCCAAAACCACCCUCGUGGUGUUCCAACCCCCGGUGGUGGGUCGCUGGGUCACGUACCAGAACAAGAAGCUCGAGCCUCCGCACAACUUGCAAGUCCUGGAGAUCGAGGCCCUUGCUCCGGCGCCCUGCUGUCUGCCUGCGACACGCGCGCCCGUGUCCGAGGCACUGCUCAUGUCUCCCCGCCCCUGUCCUGGCCUCAACGCGUACACACCGCCGCAGGUGUUUGGUGUCCUUGCCCCUACCCCGAUCCCGCGGCUGUACCAGGAUGCUUACGUGGGCUGUCGCGCCCUUUGGGACAACAGUCCGGACGACCUGCUUCUUGAUGAGACGCCUUCGGGCACGAUGGAGAUCUACACGGAGAGCGGCAUGGCCACACCCGACACAUGCGCCCAGGCGGCGCGCCGUCUCGGCCUGGACUACUACGCGGUCAAGGGUGGCGGGUGCUGGGGCUUCCACAGCGACGACCCCCUCCUGGCGGCGGCCUUCCUGCCCGACAGCGGCAACACGAGCAGCAGCGGCAGCUGCGAUGUGGCCUGCCCCGGAGACCAGUACCAGAAGUGCGGCGGGAGGCAUGCAUUCGACCUGUACGCGGUCAACCCGGAAGGGGCAUCUCAACCGAAACACAACGGGGAGUGCUGUGCCUGCCCCGUGCCGCCACCGCCGCCGCCCCCGCAGCCCCCCGCGCCGCCGGCCACACCGCAGUUCACGGGUCUGGUCACACCCACCAGCAGCGCACUGCUGGUACGCAAGGAUGAGUCAUCAACGCGUCGGUACGCUGCAGUGGUGCCGCCUGACACUGUGGACUGGAGGCAAUCAGCGUCGCUGCCGCCUGUGACCAAUCAGAGAGACUGCGGCAGCUGCUACGCGCAUGCCCCGGCGGCCUGUAUCCAGUCUCUGGCCGUGCUUGGGAACGCCUACACCCCAUCGGCGCUAAUGCCAUCUAGCCCGGGCUCAGCGGGAGGCGCUCGCGCGCUGCUGGGUCCGGAGCAGGUGGUGCAGUGCAAGCCCGGCGGCUGUGCGGGCGGCUGGGUGGGGGACACCUACAUCCAAGCCAUGCGUGGCCUGCUGUACCAGGAGGAGUGGGCCAAGGCCGUGGCAGCAGCAGGCCAGCCUUGCUGGGGUUGCUGAGGUGUUACCCUUCAUGUUGCCCUCCCUGCUAUUACGGUACACCCCACAGCCGCCGUGGCGUACGGUAUCGGCACGUACGGGACAUUGUGUGCAUGCAUCCCCGCGGCGUUUGGAGGCAUUCACGUGCGCGCCUGUCCUGCGUCCGCCGGGGUGAUGCUAUCUAUGGGUGUACCUACUGCUUGAUUGGUAGUGACUCUUAUGCAAGACACUGCAAAUCUCAAGCAUGGCACCUAGCUAGCAAGAAAGAAAUUAGUGUUCGUGGCCAUGCUGCACGGCUGGGCAUGGCUGCCCGCAUCCUACACCACGACGGCGCGGGUGAAGGGCAGGUUGCCGCGCGUGACUCGCGUACGUAAAACCGCUCUAGUGUUGCACCUCGCGCCUUCUCCUGCGUGGCUCAUGUUGGCUAGUCUGUCCCAGCUUCGAGUCACGAAGUUGUUAUUAUUCCCAAGGUUGUUCCGAGCAGCCUACAACGUCAACACGUGUUAUGGCAUGGCCCUGGGGGCCGGUAGAGAGUACCGAGCGAGGUCUCCAGUGCUUCGUGCCAACACGUGCCAACACGCACUGUUACCUUUCCUAGGCACACGGACGGCCACAGCUGCCCAGAAGCCACACACCUGAACAAGGAUGCAUGUGUUUCCCUGUAACGCCCCGGCGUCGUCUGCGUGGCUGGCGCACGCGGGACAAUGCAUGUGUGUUUCUGUCGUGGCCAUUGGUGCACCUGAUACGUUUGUGAGUCUGGUAUCAUGGCCCUUGCAACGCCAGUCGUGUUCCUAUUGCUGCUUGUCUUCUGGUAGUGACCAUUGACCGCCCAUGACCGACGGAGUGUGGCGCUGUCAGGCCCCGCGUUGGCGUCGCCCUGCGCCGCCUGCAGCAGGUGCCGGCGGCGCCUCCGGCGGCGCUCAUCCCCAUGUGAUGGUGCUGCUCGUGCAGCCAAUAUCCCCAAGCACGAAGCUCGUUCUAUCGACCGCUGUCGAGUGUGCAACUAGGACCGUACGUUCGUGCGCAAGCAAGGCGAUGGGCGGAGCGCUCCGCGGUGUUCGAGACACAUGAUUUCGGUAGCGCAAGGGCACGAACGCCGCCGCCAUCACCGCCGACCGCACCUUGGUUUGCGUGACCGGCCGUUGGGCCGAGCGCUUUGCGAGAAGAGCUGCAUACGCGAAGCCAAUCAAGCCCAGCCACCAGGGCUGCCGUCGCCCGCACCAUGACCUCCCCGCGUUGAGGACUACUACCAAACUCUGGCAGCACUUUCGGCCACUAGUGCAACCUCAACACGGGCGGGCUGGGGCGGGCACGGCGGACUUGGUGGGGUAUCGGGAGCUGCGAGGCCGGAGGUAGGAGGCCGCUGAGGGCCACGAAUGAGUUGCUAGGCCGCUUGAGGCAUGAGUGGAGGCUAUUGUCGGUUUGAGAGAUUGGGAUUAUCGUUUGGGGCCGUGGCGGUUUGUAACGCUACACGGCAGUAAGGAGUCAAUAAGCGCUGACUUAUCGCAGCGCAGUGGAGAUAAGUCUAGUUAUUGCGACGUAACUGCCGUGUUGCGUUAGAGUCACGCACGGCGCAGGACGCUCGGGUACGUGCCUGUGCAUGGGGCCGAACCGAGCUGGGUCUUGUACGCGUCAGGAGCACACGGCGCCUUAUCUGCCGUUGUGCUUCUGUACUGUAUUUCGGAUCGUCCCUCUGCCGGGACGGUGACAACCCACCCGCCCCCCCUGGUGCCGCCGCGGAUUAAUGUGGUGGCACCCGUGGGCGCUGCGGCGUGCGUGGUUGUCUGGACUCUGCUGCUAUCAGGCACUUCAUACAUGCGACACACCCAGUACUGGCAGCACUUUCGGCCACUAGUGCAACCUCAACACGGGCGGGCUGGGGCGGGCACGGCGGACUUGGUGGGGUAUCGGGAGCUGCGAGGCCGGAGGUAGGAGGCCGCUGAGGGCCACGAAUGAGUUGCUAGGCCGCUUGAGGCAUGAGUGGAGGCUAUUGUCGGUUUGAGAGAUUGGGAUUAUCGUUUGGGGCCGUGGCGGUUUGUAACGCUACACGGCA